AUCUCACAAAUCUUACCCAAUAAUAGUGACUUCACAUCAACUCCCCUUCAUCAUCUUCAGUACUGUCUCUUCACUAAAGGAUUCCCUUAAAUUUCACUAACAUGUUCUUGCCAAAAUACAGAUACCACCAUUCACUCACUGACUCACUCAACAUAACUCCUCCCCUUGUGUCUUGUCUUUGCUAGUAUAGCUAGACAAACCAAACCCUAUUCAUUUCUCUACUUACUUGUAUUAACAAAAAAAAAAAAAAGACAUAUAAUGGAGGAAAUAAUCUCAUCAUCUUCUGCUGCUGCUUCAAUAUUUUCAUCAUCAAAUCAAGAAACAACUGCUAUCCAUAAUAAUAAUAAUAAUCUUCAGCAGAAACUUCAGUGUUUACUUCAAAGUACUCAAGAAUGGUGGACUUAUGCAAUUUUCUGGAGAAAAACUUAUGGUUCAGAUAGCAACAACAGUGGUGGAUUGGUUUUAGCUUGGGGUGAUGGUCAUCUACAAGGAACUAAAGAUAAUACCAUUAACAGACAGAUGAACAACAAUUCCUACAAACAAUUACAGCAAUAUCAUCAAUGGUUUGUUUUGGAUAGUAGGAAAAAAGAUCAGUCUCUGGAAGGAAUGGUUACAGAUGCUGAAUGGUUUUAUAUGGUAUCGUUAACUCGAUCGUUCGGUGACCGUGACGGUAGUAUCCCCAGUCGAGCUUAUAGUUCCGGCAAUACUAUAUGGUUAAGUGGUUCUCAAGAUCUUCAAUCAUUUGGAAGGAACUGUGAAAGGACUAAAGAAGCUGAAAUGCUUGGGAUUAAAACUUUAGUUUGUAUACCUACUUCUGCUGGUGUUGUUGAGUUGGGUUCUUCGGAUGUUAUUAUUCAGCAAGAUUGGAGUUUGGUCCGACAAGCUAAAUCGUUGUUCGGAUCUGAUGAUAUGACGGCACCGGGCUUGGUAAUUUCAAAACAGCAGCAGCAACAACCUAAUAAUGGAUUGAUUUCAUUUCUUGAUGAUAGAUCGCUUUCGUUAACCGAUCAUGAUAUCGGUUUAAUCGCCUCCUUACAAGAUGAAAUUAGUCCUCAUGCUACUGACCUUCAUCAUCAUCAUCAACAGCAAAAACAGCUGCUAGACUUUGAGAUGUCGCCAAAGCAGAAGGUGAUAUCUACCAAUGGUACUCAAAGCUCAUCGGUGGAUUCAGAACAUUCAGAUUCCGAUGGUGGUUUAUUCACGAUCACUCCGGUAUUAGAUAAAAGAAGGCAACCGAAAAAAAGAGGUCGGAAGCCUGGUAAUGGAAGAGAAAAUCCAUUAAAUCAUGUUGAAGCUGAACGGCAAAGACGUGAAAAGCUUAACCACCGGUUUUACGCGCUUCGAGCAGUGGUUCCAAAUGUUUCAAGAAUGGACAAAGCUUCAUUGCUUGCUGAUGCAGUGUCUUAUAUCAAUCAACUCAAAGCAAAAGUGAACGAAUACGAAUCAUCGCAAGCUCAAAUUGACUACAAGAAGAAGAAAGUAAAGAUUGAAACUCAUGAAAAUGGAUUAACAAGUAGAGGAGAUGGAGAUUCAACUUCUACUACUACUAAUUCUUUUUCUAAUGAUCAAGAGGAUGUCAAACUGGAAACUGAAGUUAAGAUAUUGGGUUGUGAUGCAAUGAUUCGAGUUCAAUCAGAGAAUUUGAACCAUCCAUCCGCGAGAUUAAUGAAUGCGCUUCGAGAUCUAAAGUGUCAAGUUCAUCAUGCAAGUGUUUCAAGUGUGAAAGAUUUAACGUUACAGGAUGUUGUUGUGCGGAUUCCUGAUGAACUGAAGAAUGAAAAUACUUUAGAAGCUGCUUUACUUAGUAGAUUCAGAACUAGUACUUAGUAAUAUUAAUUUCAAUCUACUUAUCAUUAUGUUUUAAUUCUUAUCAGUUUAGUUUUGCUUUGAUGUAACAAUAAAUGGCUACUCAUGCCUAAAAGUGUAUUCUAAAGUGUAACUCGUCUAAAUUAGGUUGUUAAAAUUGUGGGUGAAAAUGAAAUGCCUUUAUAUUUUUCUUUCUCUUCUGCAA